AUGCAUGAUGUCGGACUCCGUUCUGUGAGAAAAGAGUGGACUGAUGAGAAGCAGAUUUUAUAUCUUAAAUCCAUGGAAGCUUCAUUCGUGGACCAGCUUUACAAUUCCCUCGGCGCGCUCGGUUCGAAUUCCAACAAGGAGAAUGUACGGCUCGGUGGCUGUAGAAAAGCUUGUGAAGAACAGAAGAUGAAUGUAAAACAACCUGAAUACCGCGGCGGCGUCAAUGGAAGACGAGGCGGUGGUGGUGGCUCUCACGAGUUUCUUAGGAGUCCGUGGAUCAAGCACUACAAGCCUUCGCCGAAAAUCGAGAUUCUUGUAACGGAUGAGCUCGAGAACCAAGUGGUUAGCUCGAAUGGGAAGAAGGGAAUAGUCAUUUGCAGCUCAGGGAUAUUAUGGGAAGGAUGGUCCCAUUCGCGUGACCGCGAUCAAAUCAGCAUCGGAGAAGAUAUAUCUGAUCAGAACUUUGUCAACGAAGUAACGAAAGGCGAGAACGGAAGCUCCAAGAAGAUGAAGACAGUGAUGAACGUAUCAUCACCUUCGUCGGGUACUGAUCAGGUUGUUCCACUCAGAAAAGCUCCUGCAAACAUGACAUGA